AUGCUUCUAGUCGCAACGGAACCCUCUCUCGAACGUGUUGCAGCGGCACCUCUUCUGCAGGGUUUGGCGGACUGGAUCACAAGCGACAACUCCUCUGCUCUGCCAUUUACAGAAGCGACCACGGGUAACACGCUGUUGGCGGUAUUAACGGUUCUGGCUCACAUUCUGGAGUACAUGACCUACCUGAAGCAUGGCCAUGACGGUCAACUAACGGAUGGAGAAGGGGACGCGCAUUUGGAUGCCUUGAAAGGGGUUCGCGACGGGGGCAUCCAAGGGCUGUGCAUAGGGCUGCUCUCAGCCACGGCAUUGGCAUGCUCGCAGACGCGAGCAGAGGUGGCCAGACACGGCGCUAUCGCUAUACGGCUGGCUUUGUGUGUCGGAGCAUUCGUCGAUCUUGACGAUGUGCAGGCGUCGGAACCGACGCUCUGCGUGAGUGCACGGUGGUCGCCGGCCGAGGGCGACAGGGGAAGGGAAAUUUUUGAAGAUGUGCUCGACAGUUACCCCCAGGCUUACGUGGCUGUCACCACUGACUUGUCAACCGCAACCAUCACGGCACCCAAGUCGGUGGGCAUGGCGCUGAUACGCCGCCUAGAAGAGAAGGGGAUUGCGACCAAGCAGCUUGACCUGCGGGGCCGUUACCACCACCCGCACCAUGAGAUGGCGUUCAAAAAGCUGGUCGACCUCUGCGCAGCCGAGCCCAUGUUCCGGUUCCCCAAAGGCCGCCUUCCGCUGGUGCCACUGCGGCGAAACGACAGCGGGAAGGUAUUGACGGACGAAAUGCCGCUCCACGAGAUGGCUUUGUGUUGCAUCCUGGUCAAACAGGCCGAUUGGCACGCCACCAUGACGUCGUCGGUGGCGGCAAUGGCCCAGGAAGCUACUGAGCUCCCCAAAAGCAAGCGCCGAGCGCUUCUCCUGGGCCCGGUCGACUGCGUCCCCCGUUCUCUGUCGCUGCGGCUGAUCCGUCCCGUGGUCGGAAUGCCCUACGAUUACCCUGACCAAGCCAUCGCCAUCGUCGGCGCCUCCUGCCGGUUUCCUGGCUCGGAAAGCCUGCCCCAGUUCUGGGACACGAUACGGACCGGGAAAUCGACGGCAGGAGGGCCGCCCGGCGAGAGGGGAUACUCAUCGAGAAAGAGCAACGACGAGGAGCCGGAAGCGUUUCGGGGCAACUACCUGGAGACGACGGGUUCCUUCGACCACAGCUUCUUCCGCAAGUCGCCCCGCGAAGCACUGUACAUGGAUCCGCAGCACCGCAUCGCGCUCGAGCUUGCCUACGAGGCGCUGGAAUCGGCCGAGUACUUCGGUCCGUGCGGAGCGGCGAGCGACGACGUGGGCUGCUUCGUCGGCGUCUCAUCGUCCGACUACGCCGACAACGUCAGCGCGCGGGCGCCCACGGCCUUCUCCUUCACGGGCACGGCGCGUGCCUUCGCGGCCGGGCGCAUCAGUCACUUCUUCGGGUGGACCGGGCCAGCGCUGGUGGUCGACACGGCGUGCUCGUCGUCGGCUGUGGCGGUGCACAUGGCGUGCAAGGCAGUGCAGUCGGGCGAAUGCGCCAUGGCGCUGGCGGGCGGCGUGAACGUGAUGGCCAGCCCGCGGUCACACCAGGACCUGGGCGGCGCCGCGUUCCUGAGCGCCUCGGGCGGGCAGUGCCGGCCCUUCGAUGCGGCUGCGGACGGGUACUGCCGCAGCGAGGGCGGCGGCUUCGUGCUGCUCAAGCGCCUCUCGGCGGCCGUGGCCGACGGUGACCGCGUGCUCGGCGUGCUGGCCGCGUCGGCAGUCAACACCAACAAGGGCAGCUCGGCCAUCACGGUUCCCUCGGCCGCAUCGCAGAGCGCCCUGUACCGCCGCGUGCUGGCCACGGCCGGCAUGCACCCGCUACACGUCUCGUACGUCGAGGCGCACGGCACGGGCACGCAGCGAGGCGAUCCCGUCGAGUGCGAGAGCAUCCGCGCCGUCUUUGGCGCCCCGCGGCGGGCGUCGUCGUUGCCCCCGCUGCGGCUCGCGUCGGUCAAGGGCAACAUCGGGCACAGCGAGGCCGCGUCCGGCGUGGCGGCGCUCGUCAAGGUCCUGCUGAUGCUGCAGCACCGCCAGAUCCCGCCGCAGGCAAGCUUCGCCGUGCCGAACCCGGCCAUCGCGCUGGACAGCGCGGCCAUGGAAAUCCCACAGCAACUGCAGCCGUGGCACGAGGCGUUCCGCGCCGCCUGCGUCAACAACUACGGCGCGUCUGGCAGCAAUGCUGCCAUGGUCGUGUGCCAGCCUCCGCCCGCGCAGCCCGUGACGGCGUCGCUCCCCGCAGGAGUGCUCAAGUACCCGUUUUUGAUUGCUGCUCAUUCUGCAGACAGCCUGCGCCGGCAGUGCCGCGCUCUUGCCGACUUCGUUGAGGCCCAGCACGCGGCCGAUGGAGCCUCGUUGGUUGCGAGCAUUUCCUUCCACCUGGCGCAGCGGCAGAACCCCCGGCUCCGUCACCGCAGGACUUUCGCCGCCCAGUCUAUUGAGGAACUAAAAGCCUGCCUCGACGGCCUGGACGACGCUGCGCUGCAGGCUCCGGACAGCCCCAAGCCCGUGGUGCUUCUCUUCGCCGGCCAGACGGGGCAUCGCGUCCGGCUCAGCGAAGAAGCAUGGCGCAGCUCGGUCCUGCUCCAGCACCACCUGGCUCGCUGCGACCGGGCCCUGCAAGCUGCAGGCCUGCACAGCCUCUUCCCGCGCAUUUUCGGCACGGAGCCGAUAGAAGACCUGGCCGACCUCCACUGCAUGCUGUUCGCGCUGCAGUAUGCAUCCGCACGGUCGUGGCUCGAUGCCGGGCUGCAGGUCAAGAAGCUGGUUGGCCACAGUCUCGGACAGCUGACGGCUCUCUGCGUCGCCGGCGCGCUCAGCCUCGACGACGCCGUGAAGAUGAUCUCGGGCCGCGCGGCUUUGAUUCAACGCCGCUGGGGCGCCGAGCGCGGCUGCAUGCUCAGCGUGGCUGCCGACGCCGCCACGGUGCAGGCACUGGCCGCCCAGUCGCACAGCAGCAUCGAAGUUGCCUGCUACAAUUCCCCCUCCGACCACGUCGUCGUCGGGCCCGACGCAGCCGUCGCCGCCUUCGAGGAGGCCGCGCGCUCCAGUGGUCACUGCGUCAAGCGACUGGCUAUCACGCACGGUUUUCACUCCCAGAUGGUGGACUCCAUCAUGGACGACUACCGAGCGCUACUCCAGGGCCUCGAAUUCCUCCCUGCAGCCAUUCCGAUCGAGGCCUGCUCCAAGACUGAUGGCAGCAGCUGGGCCACCGUCACGCCGGAUAUGGUGGCACAACAGUCCCGGGACCCCGUGUAUUUUGCUGACGCCAUCGCCCGGGUCGACGAAGAGCUUGGCUCGUGCAUCUGGCUGGAGGCUGGCUCUGGAUCCGCCGCCGUGAGCAUGGCUCGCCGCACCCUCGCCAAGUCCGGAAGCCCCUCGUCUCAUCGUUUCUACACCGCGGGGCUGCACGGCCCGGAGCCUACACAGUCGCUGGCAGACACGACUCUCGGCCUCUGGAACGAGGGAGUUCGGGUGCAGUUCUGGCCGUUCCAUCCCUCCCAAAGAAGCUGCUUUGCGUCCUUGGAGCUGCCUUCGUACCAGUUCCAAAAGACGCAUCACUGGCUCGAGUACAUCCACAGGCAUGAGGAGCUCACCAGACCGAACUGCCAGGAGCAGCCGCAGGAAAGCCCGAAACUGCUGUCGUUUUCUGGAUAUGGCGAUGCCCAGACGGCAGAAUUCACCAUCAACCAGCACAGCGACGAAUACUCAGCCUUGGUCCGCGGAAGAACCGUCCUCGGCCACACUCUGAGCCCUGCAUCGACGUGGUUGGAGUCAGCCGCGCGUGCCAUAGCCAUCCUCUCCGGAAGCCCCGCAAACCUUUCGUUGGAGGUGGAGCAGCUCAAGCUGCACGCGCCCUUUGGCCUUGACCCGAGACGCCGGCUUCGCCUGACGCUCCAGAAGCACUCACACUGUAGCUGGAAAUUCGCCGUGAGCAGCAACGCCCUAGACGACGACGAACAUGUUAGACUUCAAGCCUCGGGCAUCAUCAAACUGCCGGAGCCAGGUCGUGCCCCCACCGUCGAACCGCACCGGCAGCUGAUCCUCCGCCUGGUGGACUAUGAGCGAUGCCUGCGCCUGCGCCAGGAUCCCGAGGCAUCGGCUGUACACGGUGCAUUCGUCAAGAAGGUCUUGGGCCGAGUCGCCAUCUACAGUGACGCCUACUUUGGAAUCCAAUCCGUCACUUCGAGAGGCCUCGAGGCUGUGGGUGACGUUACCAUGCCCGAGAUCGCUUCCCAGGGCUAUGCAGGCACAGCGCUCAAUCCACCAACCUUUGACAACUUCCUUCUUGUGGCAGAACUCCAUGCCGGCGUUUUGGGCGCCUGUCAAAGCGACAAAAUAUACAUCUGCAACGGCAUUGACGCCAUCAUUCCACAAGCCGGUUGUGGAGACCAAGAAGAAUCGGCGUCGCAAGGACCGUGGACAGUCUACUCAAAAUUGAAUCCGAAAAGUGACGCGACUGUUCUGAGCGACAUAUUUGUGUUCAAUGCACGCCAAAAGACACUCUUCCUAGCAAUCCUGGGUGCAAGCUUCUCUGCGGUUCCUGAGACCUCUUUGAAAAAAGCGCUGGAAGCCAUGAAUGGAAACGAAAAGAAGCUAAUGGGUACUGUGGACGUGUGCUCGUCUUUUGUAGACCCGGAGGCCCUGCCGACUACGCCGAAACCCCGGGCACAAGAAAGGUCAAGCAGCCUGGCUUUCGAAGUGCACGCCACCGUCAAGGCCCUUCUCCAUGAAGUAACUGGAGUCUCAUGUGAAGGCACCGACCAAACGACUUGCCUCAGUGAUCUUGGGGUGGAUUCACUGAGUGCCAUCGAACUUCAAGCGAGGAUCAAAGACACCUUCUCAGCCGAGAUCCCCGUGCGGCAAUACUUCGACCAAGAUAAGAGUUUUGACAGUCUAUGCCAGGAAAUCUGCUCGACAUUACAUCCUCGGCUCGCUGUUGUGUCUCCGGUCCCACAACUCUGCUUGAGCGAAGCUGAGGACUCGUCCGGACCUCCUACAACUCCAGCAAGUGUUGAGACAUUCGACCAAGAGCUGAUUGCUGUCAGGUUGUCGAACCUACUCGCAGAGCACCUAAAUUGUCCGGACGGAAUCUCUCAGGACAUGCCUCUUGGGGAUAUGGGAAUGGACUCACUGGUCGCCAUCCAGCUCAAAUCGGAUAUGGAGAGCAUGUUCGGGAAGAGGCCAAAACUGCUCGAAAUAGACGAAAGGUGCACCUUCUCAGACCUCCUCGACAUUAUUGGCCGUGAAGACACAACAGGGCAGCUGACACGUGGCCUGGCGACCACCACGAUGACCAACUCAAAAGCGAUUGUGUCAGCCCACCGGAACCACUACUCUACCUCCAUCGACUCCAACACGGGCAGCCCCAGUGUUUCUUCAGAACCACACUUCAUCCUACAAGCCUUGGCUGAGUUCGGGCACAUCAAAAAGAACUACGUGCAGUUCGCCCGGCAGACGGGAUGGGCAGGAUUCUUCUCAGACGUGCACCCUGCGCAGGACUCCCUCGCGCUGGCCUACGUUUCCGAAGGCUUCAGCGCUUUGGGUUGUGACCUCCACGCCCUCCCCGCCGGCGCCGUCCUCCCGCCCAUCCCCCAUCUCCCCAAGCACGCCAGGCUCGUUUCCGUAUUGCUCGAUUUCGUUUGCGACGCCGGCCUGGCUAUCCGCUCUGGCGACGGCAGCAGCGGCGGCUCCUCACUGGUCCGCACCGCCGUCCCAGCUCCAUCCGCGACAGCAGCAUCACUGCAAGCCGCCAUCCUCGCGGCGUUCCCACGGUACACCCCGGAGCACUCACUGCUCGCCGUGACUGGCCCCCGUCUCGCGGCGUGUCUGACGGGCGCGGCCGACGCACUACAGCUGCUGUUCGACAGUGCGCAAGCGCGCGCACUGCUCGAGGACGUGUACGUCUCGUCGCCCCUUUUUGCGACGGGCACGGCCAUGCUGCGCGCCUUCCUGCAGCGGGUGCUGCAGAACCGCAAACAACAACAACAGCGAACACAGCAAAGCGAACAGCAGCAGCAGCAGCAGCAGCAGCCUCUCCGCAUCCUCGAGGUAGGCGCCGGGACGGGUGGCACGACGCACGCCCUGCUGGAGGAACUGCUGCUGGCCUCGUCGUCGUCGUCGUCGUCGUCGCCGUCUUCAGGGGAGGAGGAGCCGCCGAGCUUCUGCUACGUCUUCACCGACAUCUCCGCCGCUCUGGUCAGCGCGUCCAAGCGCAGGUUCCAGGCGCGGUACGGCGCGUCGGUGGUGGAGCGGCACAUGGACUUCUCGGUGCUUGACAUCGAGGCCGAGACGCUCCCCGCGCACCUGCUCGCCGCAUGCGACCUCGUCGUCUCCUCCAACUGUAUCCACGCGACGCGCUCGCUGCCGCAUUCGUGCAGAAACUUGUACCGACUGCUGCGUCCCGGAGGGGGGACACUGUGCCUGCUCGAGCUGACGCGACCACUGAGAUGGCUGGACUGCGUCUUCGGCCUGCUCGACGGGUGGUGGCGCUUCGACGAUGCGCGGGACUAUGUACUCGCUAAUGAAGAGCACUGGCGUACGCAGUUGCUGGAAGCUGGGUUCGGGAGGGUCGAGUGGAGCGGGAGCGGGAACUGUAUAGAGGAGAAGGUUUUCAGGUUGAUUUUAGGUGCUAAGAUAUAG